GCAGGCGCUUAACCACUGAGCCACCCAGGCAUCCCGGGUCCCUACUUUUAACCAACAGAUGGGACUCCCCCCAAGUGUCCCUGCAGAUGGCCCCGCCCUGGGGUGAGGGUAACGGGCAGGGGCUUUGUCCUGGCCUGGCCACAUCUGUUACACCCCAGUGGCCUGUGCCAUCACAAUCAGCCCCAACUAUAUAAGCAGAGGCCGCCAGGGCCUCUGUAGGGGUGUGCUGCAAGAGGAGGAGGAGGAGGAGGAGGAGGAGGCGGCCUCUGCCCCUCCAAGCGUGGCCUCCCAUGGACACCAAGACACAGAGCCUGCCCAUCACCCACACCCAGCACCACAGCAACUCCCGGCCCCAAGGCCACACCUGCAGCCAGUGCACCUGCAGCUCCCACUGCCAAACCUGCAGCCAGAGCUGCAGCUGGAGCCGGAGCUCCAGCCAGAGCCCAACUGGCCACCACAGCUCGUCUGGCCAUCAGAGCCAGAGCCCGCACCCCACCCCGCCACCGAGGCACCAAAAACACACCAUACACUCCCACCACUGUCCCCCUCGGCCCACCACCCAUUCCUGCAGCUACCCCAAGAACAGAAAGAACUUCGAAGGAAAGGUGAACAAGAGGAAAGUGGCCAAGAGGAGCCAGCAGGUGUAUAAAACGAAGAGGCGGAACUCAGGUAUCUUUCAAGCAGGUGGGGAAGGGGCCGCAAGGUCCUCCCAUGCCCAGGUGAGGGGGAGCAGCCCACCUGCGGUAGUGAGACAAAGGCUGCAUGAGCCUGCGAGCCAAAGCACAGAGGAGCCAUAGGCCAGGGUGACCAGGGAGCUGUACAGAUGAUGCACUGAUGGACCAGUUCUUGAAAUGAAUUGGAGCGGGUUGAUUGGGAGGGUGGACACACUACGGAUUAGCUUAGAUGGAAGCAUGGAUGGGUGGAUGAGAGGCUGGAUGGGUAAGUCAUUAGAAGGUUGGUUGGUAGAGGGAUGGGUGACAGAAGGGUUAGGUGGUUGGUUGAGGCAGCAGAGGAAAGUGGGAGGGAGGGUUAGGUGGUUGGUUGAGGCAGCAGAGGAAAGUGGGAGGGAGGGUUAGGUGGUUGGUUGAGGCAGCAGAGGAAAGUGGGAGGGAGGGUUGAGCAUCUACUGAACAACUGGAAAGCAGAA